GACACAGCACAUGUAACGUUUCGAAGUUCGCGUCAUGUAGCAAGAACAAUGAUAACUGUAAGGUUCUCAUUCGGUCUAUUUUUUUCCUCGUAACAAUGCAGCCGUGCCCCGCGAGAGCAGUUGUGGAUCAACGAACCGUAGUCUUCCAGAGAUAAACGUGGCAGUAUCGCACGGUAUAUGGACCCGAAAGCGAUAUUAGGUAAGGAGAGUACGACACUUCUUCUGCGAUGACAUUGGUGGUAUAAAAAGAAAAGUCGAGAGCACGGUCUCGAAAAAUGGAUCUUCGCGAUUGAGCUUUCCCGGCGCGAGCCUGACCUCGGAAGCAUAUUACGUUCUUGGUUAGCUUAAAAGUGCAACGACGUGAAAGCAGUGUGCCUGGGUCGAGUGCCUAUCAGUCGGUGCAGGACAGUUUGAAUCAGAGUUCACAGCAGACAUUGUAUCAAAGCGUUCGCAACACUUUGUACGAGGACGCUAUAAGUAUGAACAGCAUGCGCAGCGCUGUCUCCCUUGAUAAUCUCUACCCUACAUGUACGGAUGACUCAUCCACUGUAAAUAAUGACACAAACGAAACAGUUAUGGAUGGGAGUUAUACAGAAAAUACGAAAAAUAAUGUACAUGAAUCAAGAUUGCUUUCCCAUUCUGGUACAAGAUACAGUUUAUAUUUUCAUGAUGAAGUACGCUCAGUUGACUUUGUACUCGUAUGGGACGAGUAUAAUGGAGAGGCACAGAUCUAUCGUAAUAUCGAACGCAGAAGAAUAUUUGAAAAAAAUCUAGAAAAAGAAGGAUUGCAAUUGGAAUAUGAACAAGCAGAACCAAACGGCCUGCACUUUAUAAAAAUUCAUGCGCCCAAAGGAGUCUUACGACGAUAUGCCGAAAUAUUAAAACUCAGACUGCCAAUGAGAGAACUGCCUGGUUGCCAAAUGCCUGAGUCAAGCAGUAACAUUAUCAUCAAAGAAGUUAAUUCGUUUUUUCGACGGAUCAUGAACAAAUAUUAUGUUGACACGACUAUCUUUCCGACGAUGAAGCAGAACUUUACAGCUGUGUACAGCAGAGACAAGGAUUACUUAUUCGAUCUGGAUUCGCCAAAUUUUUUCACAUCAGCAACUAGAUCGCGCAUCGUGCAAUUUAUAUUAGACAGAACUAGAUUUACAGAAACGAAGGAGGACGAUUUUGCAUUUGGCAUGGAAAGAUUGAUAUCCGAGCAUGCGUAUAUUGCGGCGUAUCCACUUCAUGAUGGAAAUUUACAAACUCCAGACUCGAUGCGAUAUCUCUUGUAUACUGAAUGGGCCAGUUUGAGAAAAUGCCUUCAUUAUCAACCCUUGGAUUAUGUCAAGGAGUACUUUGGAGUGAAAAUCGGGCUUUAUUUCGCCUGGCUAGGAUUUUACACUCACAUGCUGAUCCCAGCUAGUAUUGUCGGUCUCUUGUGCUUCAUAUAUAGUUGUGCUACUUUAUAUCAUAACGAACCGAGCGAAGAUAUUUGUAGCAGUAAUGGCACUAUCGCGAUGUGUCCAUUGUGUGAUAAUUUGUGUAAAUAUUGGGACCUGAAAGAGACAUGUUUACAUUCGAGAAUUACAUAUCUGUUCGACAAUCCAUCAACAGUGUUUUUCUCAAUAUUUAUGUCGUUAUGGGCUACACUAUUCCUUGAACUAUGGAAAAAAUAUUCUGCUGAAAUAACCCAUAGAUGGGAUUUGACUGGUUUAGAUGCUCAAGAAGAAUAUCCUAGGCCACAGUACUUAGCACGCGUUGCGCAUAUUAAAAAGAAAUCUAUCAAUAUUGUUACAAAUGCGGAAGAACCAAAAGUGUCAUUCUGGAAGAUGAGAAUGCCCGCUAUGAUUCUCAGUUUUUCAGUUGUCUUACUUUUGAUAGCAGUAGCUAUGGCUGCUGUGCUUGGUGUAGUCUUAUACAGAAUGUCUGUAUUAACUGCAUUAAGCGUUUCAGGACACCCUAUGGUAAACAGUUACGCUAUAUUAUUCACUACGGCAACCGCUGCGUGCAUUAAUCUCUGCUGCAUCAUUUUGUUCAACUGGCUGUAUGUUUGGCUGGCAGAAUAUUUAACAGAGAUUGAAUUACUUCGUACUCAGACUGAGUUUGAUGAUAGCUUGACCCUAAAGAUUUACUUAUUGGAAUUUGUAAAUUAUUACGCUUCUAUAUUUUACAUAGCAUUUUUCAAGGGAAAGUUCACUGGUUAUCCAGGAAAUUAUAAUCGUUUUUUGGACUUUCGGCAAGAAGAAUGCGGACCAGGCGGUUGUCUCUUAGAAUUAUGUAUUCAAUUAAGCAUUAUUAUGAUCGGCAAACAAGCCAUGAACACUAUUUUGGAAAUGCUUUUUCCGCUAUUUUACAAAUGGUUGAACACGUUGAAAGUUCACAUGGGCUCGAAAAAAAUGGAAGAUUCUGAUAAAAAAUAUUCAACUAGAAAAUAUUUGCAAUGGGUCAGAGAUUAUAAAUUGGUCCAAUGGGGACCUAGAAGUCUUUUUCCCGAAUAUUUAGAAAUGGUACUGCAAUACGGAUUUGUCACAAUCUUUGUCGCUGCAUUUCCGUUAGCGCCAUUCUUCGCAUUAUUGAAUAACAUUUUUGAGAUGAGAUUGGAUGCGAAAAAAUUAUUGACCAUGUACAGGAGGCCAGUCGGACAGCGUGUCAGGGACAUAGGCAUAUGGUAUCGCAUUCUCGAUUCCAUUUCCAAAAUAUCCGUUAUCACAAACGCAUUCAUCAUAGCUUUUACCUCGAACUUUAUACCGAGGCUAGUUUAUAGUAUAACUAUUUCUGAUAAUUAUUCAUUAGAAGGUUUCCUGGAUCACUCUCUAUCAAAGUUUGAUAUUAAUGAUCUGAAAAAUAACACUCUGACAAACGCGACGUUAAAUGGUGAACGUGUCGAUAUCUGCCGCUAUCCAGAUUAUAGAGAGCCACCAGACUCACCAAAUAAGUACGAAUACAACACCAUGUUCUGGCAUGUACUAGCGGCUAGAUUAGCUUUUAUUGUCGUUUUCGAGAAUGUUGUGGCAGUCGUAAUGAUCCUCAUACGAUGGUGCAUUCCUGAUAUGAGCGUUAAGUUGCGCAACAAAAUACGUCGCGAAGCGUAUAUUACCAACGAAAUUAUUAUACAUCAAGAGGCACUACGAGCUUCCGAAAGAAGCGAUGUAGAUGACAUAGAGCCGAAAAUUGCGAAAACGUAUGUAGUUGCCAACGAGAGUGCGGACAGAUGGAACCGAGUCAUGGGAAAUUGUCUGACGACCUCAGAAUUCGAUCUUGAAGUUCAUGGGAGUCCUGUUUCGCCCGUCAAUGCAACUCCGCGUAUCAGUCCGGUUGUGAUCUGACAGAUACCCAGGAUUCGUCAAAUCUGUGGGAUUCGUAAAUAGUGUAGGUUUUUAGAAACUUAUUAAGUCGGUGCAAAAAGUUCAUUGUCUAUGCCAAAAACUGGAAUUAAUGAAAUUUAAAAAAUAAUUUUUAUAAGAUAAAUAUGAUCAGAAAAAGCUGUAGGAGUUACGCUAUAAGAGAUGUGUAAAAAGAUAUUGUUGUUUCACAUAACUUAGAAUUUUAAUGCAUAGAAAACAUAUUACAAAUUAACUUGUACGUUUUGGCUCUAAAAUUGUUUUUAUAAAUAAUUGUUAUGAAUUACAAUAGUCUUAUAAUUGUGAUUUUAAUAUGUAUAUUUUUUUUAUCUAGAUAAGAAAGAUGAGAAUUUUUAUUUCUCAUUUUUAGAAGACUUAUGAGUAAUUCUAAAAACUAUAAAUGAAAAAACGACAAACUUUUUGCACUUUAGUAAAAUCGUGAUUUGUCACUAGUCGUGAUACAGACUUGUUCUGCAGAUCUGAUGAGAAAAAGGAUAUUAUUUUUGAAACUAUACAUACAUCGAAAGUAUAUUUUUAAUGCAAUGAUUAUUAUUAUAAAUAUCUUUACCUUUUUUAAUUGUAAUAGAUGCCAUAUAAAACUUAUGCUAUAUUUUUAUAGCGAAUAAGAAUUUUAACUUUUAUAAACUUUAAUAACAUGUUAACUGCCGUGGUGAUCAGCCGUGAUUAGCGUCUGACUUUUUAAUAGCACGCUUGUGAUCACUAUCGACGCUAUCAAAAAAUUUGAAAACGUUUAUGAAGCUAAACAUUUAAUAUAAAAUUGCGAAUGAUAUAAAUAGCUGGGUGGCAAUGUAAAGUAAAAAGAAUGAAAUUUGGCCCACUUUACUAUCCAUAAGAAUAUAGUCUUAAUUAAUCAAACUAUAUAAUACUUUAUUGUUAAUAUUUAUGGUGAUGAGAAAUCUACUUGUAUACAUAAUAAGAUAUAUAAAACUCAUUGAGACAACAGAAUUGAAAA